CAUCUGACCUCCAUCAGUACUUCUUCCGGUUAAAAUGGUCAUGCUAUCUGUCAAGUAACGCGUGAUUUCAUCAAAUACAUGUAUCCAAAAUGGAUGGUUCUGAAUCUCGCGGUAUCGUGUAGAAGGGGCUCAGCUUCUUCUUCCUGAGGUCGGCGCGUGUGCUGCUUGAUUUGCUCGCUAGUCUAAAGGUUUUUUUUGGUGUGUCGCUGAGCUGCUGUAGUAGGGAUGAUGAUGAUGGCGGAGUUGGUACAGGGACAGGCCUCGGUGGCUCAGCCUGGAACGAAAGCAGAUGGCUUCGCCGACGCUUUACACCGGGCCCGACAGAUUGCGGCGAAGAUGGGAGGUGACCAGAUGCCCCACAUGAACAACUCUUCUCCAGUCCUAGACCCCUCUCUCUAUGGCUACGGAGGCCAGAAGCGCUCAAUGGAUGAUGGAGUAGGUAACCAGCUGGGUGGAAUGGUACAUCAAAGGGCUAUUAUGACAGAAGACUUCAAAGUGCCUGAUAAGAUGGUUGGAUUCAUCAUUGGAAGAGGAGGAGAGCAGAUCACGAGAAUUCAGUUGGAGUCAGGCUGCAAGAUUCAGAUAGCUGCAGACAGCGGCGGCAUGAUGGACAGGGCCUGCACCCUAACCGGAAGUCCAGAGAACAUUGAGCAGGCCAAGAGGCUGCUGAGUCAGAUUGUGGACCGGUGUCGGAACGGCCCGGGGUUCCACAGCGAGAUGGACAGCAACAGCGCCAUCCAGGAGAUCCUCAUCCCUGCCAGCAAAGUGGGCCUGGUCAUUGGCAAGGGAGGGGACACCAUCAAACAACUGCAGGAGAGAACCGGUGUGAAGAUGAUGAUGAUCCAGGAUGGCCCCAUGCCCACUGGAGCAGACAAACCCCUGAGAAUCACUGGGGACCCCUACAAAGUGCAGCAAGCGCGAGAGCUGGUGGUGGAGAUCAUCCGGGACAAGGACCAGGGAGACUUCCGGGCCAGCAGGGGAGACUUUGGAUCCAGACUGGGGGGAAGCAGUCUGGAUGUGGCAGUCCCCAGGUUUGCUGUGGGCAUCGUCAUUGGCAGGAACGGAGAGAUGAUCAAGAAGAUCCAGAAUGACUCUGGGGUCAGGAUCCAGUUCAAACCAGUGUCCCCCUCUCCUUCAGACGAUGGCAUCAGUCCCGACCGGAUUGCCCAGGUGAUGGGCCAGUCUGACCGUUGCCAGCAUGCAGUGCAUCUCAUCAACGAGCUGGUCCAAACGGCACAGGUACAGCAGGCCUCCCCAGCCCAUUCUCUAGCUGGCUGGCUCCCGGACAGGGCCAGCCUGGCCCCCUCUCAAGCUUCUCUGGACCCCCUAGCCCUGUGGCUGGGUGGUGGGGGGGACCUCCUCACACAGGUGUACAGACAGGAGAGGGAUGGCUUUGGGAGUCCCGUGGGGCCCAGAGGCCGGGGCAGAGGCCGCGGAGACUGGAACAUGGGUGCGCCUGGUGGACUGCAGGAAGUGACGUACUCGAUACCUGCCGACAAGUGUGGCCUGGUGAUUGGAAAAGGUGGCGAAACCAUCAAGAACAUCAACCAGCAGUCCGGAGCGCACGUGGAGCUGCAGAGAAACCCGCCACCUAACACUGACCCCAACGUGCGCAUCUUCUCCAUCCGCGGCACCCACCAGCAGAUGGAAAUGGCCCGCCAGCUGAUCGAUGAGAAGAUUGGGGCCUCAGGAAUGGGGGGCAACAGCAGUUUUGGUCUGAACCCAUUCGGACAAGGACCAACUACCCCACAUCAGAAUGGACCCCAGACAUUCCUGACAGGAGGAUGGGGCACAACAUAUCAGACAUGGCAGGCUCCAGGCCAGCAGGACCCCAGUGGGCAGAGCCAAGCCCAGAGCAGUGGCUCUGACUACAGCAAAGCAUGGGAGGAUUACUACAAGAAACAGAGCCAGGCAGCAGGCCCCGGCUCCCAGCAGAGCUCCCCUCCGGACUACAGUGCUGCCUGGGUGGAGUAUUACAGACAGCAGGGGGCCUACUAUGGCCAGGGUGCACAGCAGACACCGGCCCCAGGCCUUCAGGAUCAUUAGAGAGGACACCCUUUAGUUGAAGAUUUUUGAAUCACUGAGAGGAUGAAAACAAACCUUUUGUAACAGAGGUUUCUAGAUUUGCAACGCCUUGAAGACUUUUACUUUUUUCUUAGUGAGAAACACUAGCUGUAGAAUGACUUAUACAAUUUAAAAAAAGAAUAUUUCUAAAUCAGGAACAUUUAAUUGUUACUAAAUACUUGUGUACACCAUUAUUUUGAAUUGACAAUUUCCGGGAUCCCUUUUGGACUUAUGAGAGCUGUUUUGUUUUCUAUUUUUUCCUUUUUGAUUCAAAUUACAUUGCCAAAACGAACCCCGGAGUUGUAACUUUUCAGUAAACGCAAUAUAAUCUAUUUUUUCUAGUUCUGUUGCAAUAAAAUCGCAAUUAUGGGCUUAGCAGUCUUGAAUUAAUUUUUGUUUUGUCAUAAGAUGUUUUAAGAAUGUGUAAAAAUGUUUUCUUUUCCUUUUACAAAAAGCAUUUUAAUUCAGUAAGAUGAAACUGUGAUAUUUUGUUACAGGAAAAUGUAUAAUUUUGUUGCAAAAUACGAGAGAUGUUGGCAAAUGGCAGUCAAUUCCUAAUUUAAUUCCUGUUGUGCUUUGUAUUGUUUUCCAUUGUCUUUUAUUGUACUCUGGUUUAAAAAAGGUGCAAUAUCUUAUUUCAUUUUUGAAACAAAGAUGGAUUCUCUAAUAUUUUGACAGGCGUUUAACUUGUAGUUCUUAGAUGAAUUUUUUUUAGGCAUAUGAAAAUGUAAUGAAUAAUUUAUUACAAUGAUCUGAUAUGGGAAAGGGGAUGUUGCAUUUUGUGAGUUAUUUGCCUUUGCUAUCUUGUAAAACUAUGUAUGUAUGCUCAGAUACUUGACUAAAUACUUUAUUUAAAAAUAUAUAUAUAAUUAAAUCAAAGAAGUUUUUUUCAUGGAGUCAUUAUCACAGGAAAACUGUCCCUGUUUUUCUGUUCUGUUUUCAUACUGAAAAUGUUCAAAGAUCGUGAAUGUGUCAUUUGAAAUUUGAUGUUGCAUCUUGCUAUGGACAAAAAUGAGAAAUGCCAGGUUUUUAUGUAUGUUUUGUACCUAAAUAAUUCAAGACUGCUAAGCCUCUGGAUUCUACCUGUGUAAUAAUUAAUUGUAGUUUUUUAUAUGCUAAGUAUUACGAUCAAAAUUGUCUUAUUUGGUACCACCCAGUUUCCCUAAUGCCCCAUCCAGUACACACUGUGGACUCGUGUACAGUCCAAUGCUAAACUUUUUAAUUCAUUUUUCUUUCUACUUUGUGUGAUCUAAUAUAUGUAUGAUUGAUUAGUUACGAAAUGAAUCUAGUGUUAACUUCAUUGCUUAAUGAAAAGGGAUAUUAUAAUUUCGAAAUGUUUAAUUUUAGUGUUUUUUCCUCAUAUGUACAGGUAACCGUGUAUUAAAAACGUCAAGACUACCUUUGUGUUCUGUUAAAAUUGUUUUAUUUUGCCAUUUGAAAGCUUAGUUUUCUUGUCACAUUCCAGUAUUGAGUGUUAACGAUUUUAUUGGGUUUAAACUGUGAAACCUUUCCUCCGCGCUCUGUUUUAAGACUGAGUAUUCGCUAUACAUGAAGUAAAUAUAAAGGUCAAACUGUAUGGUAUGUUGUAUAAACAGAAGAUAUAUAUUUUUUCUAUAGAACAUUACUUUGCCAGUUCACAAAUUCAAAUAAAUGUUCCACAAGCCUCUCUUGUGGUUGAAGUAUACGAUCUUUAUUAGUUGCUACAGUGCCUACAGAAAGUAUUCAUACCUCUUGACUUCCACAUUCUGUUACAGCCUGAAUUCAAAAAGGAUGAAAGUGUUUUUGUUUUUUUAUCUCACCCAUCUACUACACACACAACCCCAUAAUGAGUGAGAACCACGUUUUUAUCAUUUUUUGCUAAAUGUAUUGAAAAUGAGUGGCAGAAAUCUCACUUUACCUAAGUAUUCACACGCCUGAGUCAAUACAUAUAAGAAUCACCUUUGGCAGCAAUUAUAGCUGUGAGUCUUUCUGGGUAAGUCUCUAUGAGCUUCUCACACCUCGAUUGUACAAUAUUUGCACGUUGUAAAAUACAUCAAGCUAGACAGCCAUUUCCAACUCUUGCCUUUUAGAUUUUCUAGCUGAUUUAAGUUAAAUGUAACUAGGCCACGAAGGAACAUUCAAUGUUGUCCUGGUAAGCAACUCCAGUGUAUAUUUGGCCUUGUUUUAGGUUGUCUACUGAAAGGUGAAUUUGUCUGUCUGCUGGAAAGCACACUGAAUCUGGUUUACCGCUAGGAUUUUUGCAUGUGCUUAGCUCUAUUCAGUUUAUUUUUACCCCCCCCCCCCCCCCCCCA